AUGAUAAAUACUUGGAGAAGCGGAUACGGAUUACCGUAAUUUGUCGGUACCGUAGGGUAACGAUUUGUCACGGAAUUUAAUUACAGAUGACGCAACAUCGACUUACGUAAGUGUUUGUUUGCUAUAUGUUGUACAAUUUCGUGCAACUGUUCAAUAUACUCAUGCAUUAUAAAGAAACAAUUAUUAUUUUGUGUUACAGGUAUUUAUAGACAUUAAUUGGUUUUAAAGUAUAAGAGAUGGAGACGUUCAUUUUUUGUAAAUUUUUCAGGGGAGUUAAAUUUAAAAGCUCUGAUAAGUGUCAAUAAAUUUUUGAAAAAGAUAAUAUAGAUUAAGAUUACAAAUAUAGUAUACAUACGUAUAUAUGCAUUAGAAUAAUAAUUUUAAGAUUUUCAUAUAGAGCAUGUUGGCUGUUUGUACCUAUGCAAAUGUAUGUUUCUUUUGAUGAGUAGAAUGCACAAGUUUAAAUAUAAUUAAUAAGGAAGAAGUAUCGAAUAAGUACAGAAUAAGAAGCAUAGAAUAAUUAGUAAGGAAGAAAUUGUUUCAUACAUAUUCAUAUGAUUUUGACGUGGAAAUUUUUCAAUAGUCGUGAACUAUUAUACAGUAACAAUAAGUAAACUUUAUAGAAUUCAAUUUGACAAGAUUUGCAUUUAACGCAACAAACCUAAUUGUAAGAAAGAAACGAAAUGAGAAAGUAGAGGAAAAACGAAUUUGUGUUAUGUAUUGUUAAAAGAAGCAAGUGUCUUGUAUUCAGAUAGAACCAGGUUUCAUUUUCUUUGCACGACUAUUCUAUCUUACAUAUCGUACAUAUUCAGGGAAACACGGAAGCGACGUAAGUGCGGACGCAAUAUUCAGUUUGGUUUGAUGCCACAGUCCGUCACCCCUGCGGCUGUUAUCACACAAAACAAAGAAACCCAUCCCCUCGCGUCGAUAUUUCCUCGUUCCUGUCAUCGUUGUUCUCCCUUCUCGUAGGGCGGUACUCUACCCCACCUAGACAUCCUUUUCUUCGUCGACCUGCGCCUUUCUUCGAUCGCGGCACGCAGAAGUUCGGGGCUGCGGAUGCGGACAUCAGGGGAGACAGUAGCGUCAUUACCAUUGGCUCACCCUGCAGACGUAUAAUUACGACAAUGGUGGAACUCGGAGGGGAUGAUAUGAGAGUAAAAGUUUCACUUUCGACGGGGAUGGGCAUUGUGCUACGUAAUAAUGAUGCACCGAAUGAGCAAGAAUAUUUCCAAAGAAGAAAAGAAAGGAAGAACUGUACUGGCCAACAUCGACGGAGAAUGCUCUCUUUGGCAGACAGCGUGGCACCGAAGGUUCUCUAUCCUCGUUUUUUUCUCGGGCGUGGCAAUAAGGAAGUGGGCCCACUGCUUAAGAAAACAGAGAGCCGCCAAUAUCGGGCAGGGCCUGCCGACUGCCUGAGAAAACAGUAAACCGUUUUCGGAAUCCUGUCGAGGAUAUGGGGCGACUUAGCUUUCCAUCAUGAAUGAAAACCUAAAUGCUCGCGAGUUGUCACGGAAAGUGCCGAAACGUACGUGCUAUGCUUCGUAUUACACUAGAUCUUUUAAAUUAAAUGCCUCAAAUAUAGAUCGUUUCGCUACUGGAAUUUUGUCGGACAGAAAAAUAAUCUGGAAAUUUCACGGUAUAUUAGAGUUUCAUAUGAAAUGAUGAAAACAAAUUUCUAUACAUUUCUAGAUAUCUAACUUAUCGACUAUUUAAUCGUUUUGUUUUAAUUAUUCUGUUCUUUGUGGUUGUCAUCAAGUCUGACGAACGAAGGAAUUUGUAUGAAAACGAAGAAGUAAAAAAAGAUGUAAUGUAAGAAAUAUUAGUGAGCUCUGGAUAAGUAUGUAGUGGAUCUGUGUCCUUGCCACAAAAAGAUGCAUAUAAAUGAUGGUCUUUCCGGACUGUUUGCCGCAAGACAGCGUGGCACCAAUAGCCAGAGAAUCCAACCCGAUGUCCAGGGUAGGCGGCGACCGCUUAAUUAACGGCCUGACGAAAGGCAACGACAAUUAAUACGAUACCAGCUUCCUUCCAGAGGCGGGAUCGCUUAGUCCGGCUUGCACGUGUGAAGUUUGUCACGAUUUGUCACGUGAUACUGCUGAUGCGAUCUUCGCAUCGUUGCAUUGUCGUAGAACAUGUAGAAAAAUAUGAUAAUUAGAUAAACAAACAAUAUCAGUAGUGAACGAAUCGUCACUGACUACAAAACUAUCAGUCAGAUUUUAAAGCAAAGUACUUUCACAGUUUAGAGAACAUUAUCAGGGAUCAUAUUAAUGGUAAACAAAUACUUUUUAGAAACAAAUUACAACCUUUCAUCUCAAUG